GAUGGAUGGACUCGGGAUGGGUCGAGUUACACCAUUUGCCGUGCAUUAGUUUGUUUUCCCCGCUCAACACAUACACCUAGAGAAAGAGAGAGAGAGUGUUGACGCUGGGAGUUAUUGCGAUCCAAAAUCGUACCGAGAAUCACGCAUUCAGAUGAGGUGAGUUUGUUUUUCACUGCAAAUGCAACGUUACGAGCGUCACAAACUGUACAGACGAUAAAGAAGAAAGAAGCGAGGAGGAAAGAGAUCUGCGAAACAUCAGAGGAACUCAAGGUGCAGAGCAAAAAUAGAAGCGGACCUAUUUUUAUUCACCCUGUUGCCUGUUCACACUCAAAGCGGAUUGAAGCUUUUUAUAAGGCGCGCGCGCUUAAAGUUCUUCAUCGGUGGUGAUCUUUAUAGUGUUUUGGUUUGGUUUGGUCCAGUGACUGACUGGGGGAUGGUGGUAGUAGUAGUAGAGGAGAGGGAGGGUCUUGGUGCUAUUUGAUCGGCGAGCUUUUGAAGAUCACAAAGCUUUACCCCGAGCCCAAGGACGAGCUGGACGAGUCCCACGGGCUCGCGGGAUUGUUUUGCCUGUUUCGGAUCAAACAAACACAAGGGGAUGUUCAGUCUUUAUGGAUCCAGACGCACACAUGCGGUCUGAUAUGCAUUUGGAUUUAAUCGCCUGAAUACUUUGGACUAUAACGCGGAGAGUGUCGUAGUCUACAUGCCCGUUUGGAAAACAUUCAGAGGCGGAGGAGAUGAUACGGCGCUGUGAACGUGUGAUGAGACCCUCAAUGCUGCCGUGUUAAACCAGCGCGGGCUGUUGUUCACCUUCCUUAAUCCAUACAGAGAGCUGACGCAUGCAGUCCUGCGUGGAUCAAACAUGCUCUUGGGAAUAGAGAUUCAUUUGGAACUUCAUUACGUUGGGCACAUUUUUUGACCCUUCGCCUUGGACAUCCACAGAGUGUCCAAACAUUCAAGCUUUUAAUCUGUCAAUAUCAAACUCCACCGUCGCUAUUCUCAUCCUGCCUCGUCUCCUUUAUCUUUCUUUUCUCAUUUAUUUAGUCUUCCCGUUUGUAACUCUUGUCUCAUCUUUUUCCAGCCUCUCUUCACUGUUGAUCAUAUUGUGGUGAGACACAAGAGCAAAUCCAUCAUGGCAUCAUAAGAGUGUGGGUCACGUGUCUCUUAGAGCCGUGGAUUAUAUUUCACUUUGAGAUCUUCUGAUCAAUAGUGAAGUGAUCAGUCACAAACAUUAAUCCAUAACAGCUGUGUGUGUGUCUGUGUGUUACAGUUAGGCAGCAGGUGUGUCAAACUGCUAAUAGCAAAAAUGUCAAUAUUCGGGAAAGUCUCUCUCUCUCUCUCUCUCUCUCUCUCUCUCUCUCUCUGCUCUCGCUCUCUCUGCCAAUCUGUUUGUUGUCUUCAUGUAAAUUGUUUAUAUCCGUUCAGGCUUUUGCUGGCAUGAAUAAUUUGUAGCUUUAUAAAUAUUUGACUUGACACCGCUCAUUAAUAUGCACAGAUGAUGACCCCAACCGCAUCAUGCAGACAUCUGGAAAAUCCAUCUUCUCAUUUUCCGACAAACUUCUGACGCAGCAAACAUACUCGAGCACACUCACACAAGCCGCUUCAUAGUGAACGUGUGCAUUAGUGGCAAUGGCAGGAGCCAGCUGAUAGGAUUUCCGCUUUCCUGGUGUUGCAAAUGCGCGCUCUCCAUCCCCUCGCUGUCUGUUUUUUGACCUUUCUCGCACAGACAGAUUUUCAAUCACGGGUAUUGGCUGCCAAAGGCUCAAGCACACACACACACACACACAUUGAGAGUGAACCUGCGCAGAUGAUGUCAUGCAAAACAACACACAGUAAUGACAGAUAUAUAUGUUGACGUGUUUCAGGUAACAUCUAGAUCAGAAGGUGUGUGCCCUCUGUGCCAGCGAUGGGGUGGCGUGAACUGACCCUUGACCUCCUGCUGCUGCUGCUGCUGGUGUCACACAUGGAGGCUGUGAGCUUUCCAGAAGACAACAUCCCUCUAGACAUGGUGGACAGACACUAUACACAACAGUACCCGGUGUUCCGCGGACGCCCCUCUGCCAACGAAUCUCAGCACAGACUGGACUUUCAGCUGAUGACCCGGAUACACGAUACGCUCUUCAUCGCCAGCAGGGAUCAGGUUUAUCUAGUGAGUCUGAGAGAAUCCUACAGGAACGAGAUCAUCCCGUACAGGAAGCUGACGUGGCGCUCCGGACUGGCCGACAGAGAAACGUGCGCCAUGAAAGGAAAACACAGAGACGAGUGCCAUAAUUUCAUUAAAGUCCUGGUUCCGAGAAACGAUGAUCUGGUGUUCAUCUGCGGGACAAAUGGUUUCAACCCCAUGUGCCGUUACUACAGGUUGGACAACCUGGAGUUUGAUGGUGAGGAGAUCAGCGGCUUGGCCCGAUGCCCGUUUGACGCCAAGCAGACGAACGUUGCGCUGUUUGCCGAUGGCAAGCUGUACUCGGCUACGGUUGCUGACUUCCUGGCGAGCGACGCUGUCAUUUAUCGCAGUAUGGGAGAUGGUUCCGCCCUGCGCACCAUUAAAUACGACUCCAAGUGGUUAAAAGAGCCACAUUUCCUGCAUGCUGUGGAAUACGGAGAUUACGUCUACUUCUUCUACAGAGAAAUCGCAGCCGAACACAACAACUUGGGAAAAGCGGUUUACUCCAGAGUGGCUCGGAUCUGUAAAAAUGACAUGGGAGGGUCUCAACGGGUGCUAGAGAAACACUGGACAUCUUUCGUCAAGGCCCGUCUGAACUGUUCCGUUCCCGGAGAGUCGUUUUUCUACUUCGACGUUCUCCAGGCCAUCACGGAUAUCAUUGACAUUAACGGAGUGCCGUCCGUGGUUGGAGUAUUCACCACCCAGUUGAACAGUAUCCCAGGCUCGGCCGUGUGCGCCUUCUCCAUGGACGACAUCGAAAGUGUCUUCCGUGGCCGAUUCAAGGAGCAAAAGACGGCCGACUCGGUAUGGACUCCUUAUCCUGAGGAGAAGCUGCCGAAGCCCAGACCCGGGUGCUGCGCAGGACAGGCUCCAGCAGAGUUGUACAAAACCUCCAUUGAGUUUCCAGACGAGACCCUUCAGUUUAUCAAGUCACACCCGCUCAUGGACGGCUCGGUCCCCUCCAUCAGAGACGAACCGUGGUUCACCAAAACUAGAGUCAGGUACAGACUCACGGCACUCGCUGUCGACAACACUGCAGGACCCCAUAAGAACUACACCGUGGUGUUUAUUGGCUCGGAGGCAGGCAUCGUGCUAAAAGUUCUGGCCAAGACGUCCCUUCAGUCUCUAAAUGACAGCGUUCUGCUUGAGGAGAUUGACGUCUUCAACCAAGCCAAGUGUUUAUCCAGCAAUGAGGACGACCGGAGAAUUCUGUCUUUCCACCUGGAUAAAGACUCGCACACGCUGUACGUGGCCUUUUCCAGCUGUGUGGUCAGGAUUUCUCUGAGUCGCUGUGAGCGCCACACGUCCUGUCAAAAGUCCUGCAUUGCUUCAAGAGACCCAUACUGCGGGUGGACGUCUCAAGGAGCUUGUGAGCGCAUUUCUGCUGCUACAGAAAGUGGUUAUGAGCAAGAUGUUGAAUUCAGCAACACCGCACACCUCGGUGACUGUCAUGAAUUUUUGGCCACUACAUCAGCGCCAGAUUUCAAAUCUUAUGGCGACCCAACCUCUGACAUGGAGUUGGCGACCUCGUCAGUCAGUGUGCCCGCGACCUCUGAACCCAUACAAUCACCCCAAACCAUCCCCACUCAGAACACAAAAGUCCUUGGCUCACGGAAAUUUGUGCACCCCGAUGACCCAGCCACUUCACAUUCUGUUGAGCCUUUCCCAGGUGUGUGGGAAAUACAGGCAGGCGAAUCUAACCAGUUGGUCCACAUGAACAUCCUCAUCACCUGUGUGUUCGGUGCCUUCCUGUUGGGUGCAUUCAUCGCCGGUAUGGUCGUUUACUGCUAUAGGGAUGCCUUCCUGCGUGCUCCACGUAAGAUGCCAAAAGAUACAGAGUCAGCCCAGUCCUGCACUGAUUCCACUGGCAGCUUUGCCAAGCUCAACGGUCUGUUUGACAGUCCCGUCAAAGAGUACCAACCCAAUAUAGAUUCUCCCAAACUCUACACCAACCUGCUGAGCAAUGGGAGGGAACCGCCAACCACUGGAGACACCAAGACAAUGCUCCUGAGUGGACAGCCGCCGGAACUGGCAGCGCUGCCUACACCUGAGUCCACACCCGUGUUGCAACAGAAGAGCCUUCCGCCAAUAACGAACCAGUGGGAGAGAGCACACGGAAAGCUGAGCGGCUGCCGCAAAGAAGUGCCACCCAAAAGCCCACAAUACUACCCUUCCAGUCCACCCCCCCACUGUGCCAUUCCCAGCGCAGUGGUGCUUCCCAAUGCAACCCAUGAGAGCAGGGCCUCUUUCAGUAGCCCCGAAGGCCAUAGAGCUGAGAAAAAAGUCCAGAAUAGCGAUCAGCACGGGUCCAAAUCAGGACGCAAAGACCAGCGGCGGACCGUUGAUGCCAGGAACACUCUAAAUGACCUCUUGAAGCACCUGAAUGAGGGCAACCCCAAGGCUAUCAUGGUGGAGAUGCCCAUGUCCCGUCAGCACCUGAUGUUGGAACCCAUUGUGAGCUCGACAGAAAUUCCCCCCAAAGUCCCAAGCCGAGAGGCCUCGUUGUACUCUCCCUCUUCUUCAUUACCCAGACAUAGCCCGACCAAGAGGCUGGACGUGCCGACCACGCCGACUUCACCUACAAGUCAGAUGGGAACUCUUGAGAGACAGCGGUAUUACCGCAACUCUUCCCAGCGACACUCUAUAUCCUCACCACCCAAAGGGCUGCACUCACCAAGUGGGACAAUUGUGUCCCGACAGCCUAGCCUGAAUAGAGGCGGGUACAUGCCCCCUACCCCUACCCCUCCUACCAGACUAGACUCUCACGGGGUGCCAAUGGCUAUGACACCCUCCGUGUCCCGGCAAAACAGCUAUAGUGGUCACGGAUCUUUACCCCGAACCUCCAUUAAACGGACACCGUCGUUAAAGCCCGACGUUCCCCCAAAACCCAAUGGCUUUGCGCCGCAGACUGCACAAAUGAGGCCUGUGAACAAAUAUAGCUACUGAGAUGCUCGGUGGGAUUUUACUCCAUGAACGGACAGUGGAAGUAAAAGCGUUUGGCCUACAGAGCUAUGACAUGCCUGUCUCGGGUUUCCCUCAAAGGUAAAGGAAUGGCUAGUCAGACCUUCUGCUUCAAGUAGUUCGCUUAGUUCCCAAUGACACUGUGCCCUCACGGACAGGUGACGCAUUCUGAUCUUUAAGGCGGCAGGGACGCCUGAGGUCAUAGGCGAUCGGGCACCCUGUGCACUGUUCUCCCAGUCAAUGUGAAGUAUGAAAACACAGGAAACAUGGCUGUAUCUGUCAAACUGCUUGCGAAACAGGACGUUUCUUCAGAACACAGAUGGAAUGAAAGGGAUGUGUCGUGUGUUGUGUGUUUGAGUUUGACUAGUCUUUGGGGCUAACCAGUAUGCAUUCAUUGUCCAUGUUUGUUCAGUAAAUGGAGAGCAAGCUUGGGUGUAUUAACAUUUGAUGUUAAUUUAUAAUUUCUGCGUGCAAAAGAAAUGUCCAGGGCUACUACACCUGGGCAACGGAAUUCAAAACUCACAAGGGGCAAAGUGUCCUUCACAUUUGUGCUGCUAAGUGUAGACGAAAUGGCGAGAUGUUUGACAGACUCCAGAUCCAUGCAGCCGUUUGGCAGGUCAAGCGGUCUCAAGCUUUUAAACCCGUGGCCUCAGCACAGGAUCACGUCGGUCAAAUGUACAAGGUUCCCUUUGGUCACUGUUAGAUGCAGAAAAACGCACCAAAUCCUCUAGUGUCAUGAGGUCGUCGUUCAGCUCUGACAUGAAACAGAUUAUUGAUCGACCUCUCUGCUUUCUUAAUAUGACAGUCGUGCCUGUUGCCCCCAUGAAGUUCUGUCUAAUCAAUGAAAGACAAUAACCAGUUAUUAUUGAGGCUUAAACAAAAAAACAUUCUUUAUUCUCAACACUCCACCCUCGUUUCUAUUGAAUUUAGCAUUUGUCCAGGUGUUGAGCUUGUUUUCAUGAAUUAAAGCCUCAGUUUGAUCCAAAACAUAAACAGUAAUCAUACAAUCGCUGCAGUACCUACCAGUGUGUCCUGCAGAGUCGUGCUAGUGAGCGUUCUUGAACAAACUCACACUUAAAUAGUUGUGUCUUUACAGGGCAAUUUUACCAAGAUCAGUGUAUUUGUGUGCCUUAUUAAAGUCAUGAGCGGCUGGCUUGGUUUUGGACGUUUAAUCACAAAAGAUCUUUGAGCGAAGAAUGCAACCAAAUAUUGAAUAUCAGGGGGACCAAAGGUUAAAAAUAUUCUGUCAUUUCAAAAGCCACUCAUCUGUAUGUUUGGGUGGAGGGAACAUUUCACAGCUGUACAUUGGUGUUAUUUCAGCGAACUGGGCAUCUUUAGAGAGGGAAAUAAAUCAAACAAAGGUUCUAAUAAUAUAUCGCUACUUAUGCGUAUCUGGAAGGUGCUAAUUUGUGAUAAUGAGAUGCCAUGUAAUGAAUGUAUUAUGCUCCUAAAAUUUACAGCAGCUGAUUUUCAGCCUGCAUUAUUCCUCCACAUUUCACAGCAGUCGAAAUCACGAAGAUCAUCUAUGAUUAGUGACUCCCAGUUUGUUUUUCAUUAAGGAUUGAGGACUUUGGUAUAUUGAGAUGAAGCUUGCCCGUUUGUUUACAUGGUCUGUAUUGAAGCGGUUGAGCGGACUGAUGCUGAUGCUUCAUCACCUUCAUCAAACAUCAGAUUAAAUAAAGAAGGAAGUUGAUCUUGUCUCUGGUUCAAGUUGUCCUGUGUUGAGCUGCCAUGUAAAUUGCAAUAUGAACCUGCCAUGUGAGUUCAAGCCUUCACGUUCAAUUGAUAUUCUGUGUGUAAAGAAAGCAGGCCGGUCUACCAUUGAGUUUCGAUACUGUGCAAACAUUGACAGUUGGACAACAGCGUUUUCUUUUUUUUACAGAAUAUUUUAAUGUGUAGAUAUUGUAAAGCUGUACUGUGAAAGUGUAAAUAAUUACAGUCAUUGUUUAAGAAUAUUUUUGUUGACUUUUUUUUAACACGGCAUGUAUAGUUGAAAUAAAAUAUUACUGC